AUGCCACCAGACACUCCUCCUCCGGAUCAUAUCGUUCCGGAGAGUAUCGGAGAUUCUCCCGUUGUUUCUUUUGACACUGCGGAGUGGCCCCGGGAGCUACACGGUCCGCUGGUAUGGACUGGGGCCGCCUUUGCCAAUGACGAGGACUACAUCUUUUCGUUUUCCGAAGAGGAUAAAGCAGAGAUACACGCGGCUUUGGCGCACUUCAGAGACCUCGAGCUUGAUGGCAGUCAGGUAGAUGCUGCGACGUUUCCGCUUCCCACUUUGGGCGAUAAGCUUCGCCAGCUUUCUGAUGAUCUGCACGCAGGUCGAGGUUUCUUCAUCCUCAGUGGCCUUGAUGCGCUAGACUACUCACCAGAAGAUAACGUGCUUCUAUUCCUUGCGCUGUCGUCGUAUAUUGCCGAGAGUCGUGGAAGGCAAGAUGAUGUCGGCAAUAUGCUCAUGCACAUCCGUGACGCCAAAUUCAUGGCGGCACCUCAGUCGGAGCGACCUGCGAGGGAUUCUAGCUUGAAGCUUUACUUUCAUUCCGAUCUCUUCGCCGAUAUCCUCGGGCUCCACUGUCGAGGAGUCGCAGAGGAAGGCGGAGAACACGUCAUAAGUUCCUCGUACAGGAUCUACAACGAACUCAUAUCUCGGCAGCCAAAUGUCAUUGAGAUUCUUUCAAGGCCGGAUUGGUUCUUUGACUCGCGAAACCUGUCUCUGCAGCCAGAAAGUCGUCCUCUCCUCUUCAAUCACGGAGGCCACAUUAUCCUGAAUUUCGGGAGAAUCCACGUACUGGGAGAAGAGAUGGCUGAGGACGGUAAACAAUUGCCCAAACCCAGUGCGGAACAAGUCGAAGCUCUCGACGCAGUCCAACGACUCGCCGAGCAACACAAACUUCGUUUGUCCAUGAAGCCGGGUGACAUUGCAUUCAUUAACAAUUUUGCGCUGCUGCAUGCCCGGGAGGGGUUUACAGACUCCUUGGAAAACACCCGCUACCUUGUGCGGCUGUGGCUAAAGAAUAGGGAGAAGGCGUGGGAGCUCCCGCGAGCGCUGAAGCGUGGAAAUGACCUUGCUUUCAACGAGGCGUUUGAGCCGGUCUGGAACGUCCUUCCGAGUGCGAGGAUUACGUUCCAACUCCGGGAGAAGUUUAGUCCCUAG